AUGCCUGAAAUCGAGCAGGAAGCUCCAAUAUGGAACAGAGAACAGCAGUUUCGUGGAUCUAUGAGAAAAUACUGGAGAUCCAGAUACAAUCUUUUUUCAAGAUACGAUCAAGGUAUUAUCCUCACUAAGGAGCUAUGGUUUAGUGUUACGCCAGAGAGCGUGUCGAUAUUCAUUGCCAGAAUUAUUAAAGCGGCAUUCAAAGACAAAUGCCAUAAUAUUUUGGACCUGUUCUGCGGGGGUGGAGGUAAUACCAUUCCUUUUCUUUACUACUUCCAACAUGUCUACUGCCUAGACAAUACGGAGAUGCAUCUUCAGUGCACCCUAAAUAACGCACGAGUCUAUUAUGAUGAGGAAGUUAUUACAAAUCAUUUGAAGGUGAUACAAUGUGAUUGGAAAUAUUCAAUUGAUUCCGAUGAAAAGAGUAUAGAAGCCCUUAAUACACAGCGUUCUAUCAAAUACCUUAAAAGCGAGAAGAUAGAUAUAGUGUUUGGAUCUCCUCCAUGGGGAGGACCCUCCUAUUUGAGCUCGGACGUUUACAAUACAGACAAUUUAAUGCCAUUUCGUCUUGAAAAGCUACUUCGAAGUUUGAAACAGAUCUCUGACAGGAUUGUUCUUUUUCUGCCAAAGAACUCCGAUUUGGACCAAAUUCUAAGCGAGUCCCAGAAGGUGUUUGAUGAUGAUGCUGUGCCUAGAACAUUCCGGAUGAGUAUAAAUGGUCAUGAAAAGGGUCUAUUGUGUUGUUGGGGAGAGGAAUUUGCUAAUGUCAACUUGGAAGACGCUAAAACCGAUACGAUAGUAUAA